AUGGAGGGACUGAAGACCCUGGGCCCCUGUGGUCACCCCCACCCCCAGUGUCCCCCAGCCCCAGCCCCAGCCUCCAGCAGCCAUGGAGGAUGCCUGGGGCAUCCCUGCCGGGGGUUUGUAGGGUGGCCCUCCCUGGGCCCCAUCUCCUCUGCUCCCUUAAUGCAGUCCCAGAGACCUUUCCCAGUCCCAGAGGCAGAGGACAGGGGGCCCAGGGUGGAGGGUGAGACUCCCGGGACCUUUCUGUCUAGCGAGGAGCAGAAAACCAGAGACCCUGAGGGGCCAAGACAAGGAGUCCCAGAGACGGGGCUCCGGUGGGCCUGGCCCCUGCACCCAGGGACAAACCAGGGGGCUUCCAGGCAGGGGGCAUCCACUGGCUUGGGGCCCAAACCCCGCCCAUGCCCACCCCUGUCGCCGGAGGGAGGGGCCCUGGCCUCGCCCAGGGCAACCCUCUCCCAGCUGCAGUGCGGGCUGCUGGGCUCUGCAGAACAGUCCUUCCUGCAGCUGGAACAGGAGAACCACAGCCUGAAAAGGCAGAACCAAGACCUUCGGGAGCAGCUGGGGGCCCUCCUGGGGCCAGGGCAGCAGUUCCUGCCCCUGUGUCCCGAACACUCAAGCUGUACCUCCCUGGCCUGGACCCCAGAGCCGGCCAGCACGCAGCCCCUGGGGGACAGGGUGCCUCUACAGCUGUGCCAGCGGCAAGAGGCCUUCGUGCAGCAGUCCCAGAAGGAGCUGCAGCAGAUCCGCCUGUGCUUUGAGAGGAAGAAGAUGGUCAUCACAGAGGUGUGGGACAGCGUGGCUGAGGUGCACACGGCCCUGAACAACCAGGCCGCCGGGCUCCUGAACCUCAAGAAGGACAUCCGGGGCGUGCUGGACCAGAUGGAGGACAUCCAGCUGGAGAUUCUGGGGGAGCGGGCCCAGUGCCGCAGUCAGGCCAGGAAGGAGCAGCAGAUGGCAAGCAUGGCGAAAGGGAGGCCAAAGCUGGAAAGCUCCAAGGGCCUGGCAGGCCAGCUCUGGCUGCUGACCCUGAGGCUGCUGCUGGGGGCCCUGCUGGUCUGGACCACCGCCUACGUGUACGUGGUGAACCCCACACCCUUCGAGGGGCUGGUGCCACCCCUGCUGAGCCGCGCCACCGUCUGGAAGCUCCGGGCCCUGCUGGGCCCCUUCCUGCGCCUCGAGGUGGACGGCUUCCUGCCCUUCUAG